AUGGAAGCGGCGGGCUAUUGUGAAUGGAGUGAUGGUGCCAACAUCCAGUGUGUGGGCAUGAACCAGAACAACGCGGAUGGAGAGGACUUGUCCCCACAAGCGGCCCGGAGGGCAUGCAGGGCCCUGCUCCCGGCGGGCGCCUUCGCCAGCUUCGCCCGGGAGGUGGUGGGCGCCGUCCAGCUGGCUGCCUGCUGCCUGGAGCUGCGGGUGCUGGUGGAGCUGGGGCCAUGGGCGGCGGGGCUGGGGGCCGACGUGCUGCUCACCCUGCUCUUCCUGCUCUUCCUGGGGCACGGCGCCUCCCUGGACGGGGCCUGGGCCAACCCCGCCGUGGCCCUGCAGGAGCUGCUGCUGGCUGAGGCGUCUGUGGCCGGCACGCUGCUGACCCUGGCAGCCCAGGCGCUGGGCAUGGGGGCCGCCUGCGCUCUGGCCCGGCUCUGCUGGUCCUGGGAGCUCAGCCCGCUGCAUGUCUUCCAGAACCUGCUGGCCACGGACUGCAGCUCGACCCUGCACACCUCCGUGGCCCACGGCAUGCUCGUGGAGGGCACCUGUGCCUUCUUCUUCCACCUGAUGCUGCUCCGCCUCCGCCACAGCUCCCCCACCUGCAGGGUGCCAGCUGUGGCUCUGCUGGUCACUGUGCUGGCCUACACAGCUGGGCCCUCCACAUCGGCCUUCUUCAACCCCACCCUGGCCUCCGUGGUCACCUUCAGCUGCUCGGGACACACCUUGCUGGAGUACACCCAGCCUGGCUCCUCUGCGCUGUCUCCUGGUCUCUACGCUGCUGCCUCUGGUGCCUCUGGUCUCAGCCUGCACCUCAGACAGAUCGCUGACACAGUCCACUGCCGGCUCCUCUUCCCCUCUGCUUCCUCCUUACAACGGGGCAGUGGCAGCUAA